CUGCUCUCCUCCAAACCGGUGGAGUUUUUCCGGGGGGGCGACGCCCUUCUGGACCGGGACAACGUGGGCCUGAUCCUUCUGCUGCAGCCCACUGGGGACCCCCCCGGGGACCCCCCCGGGGACCCGUCCUCCUGCGUGUGCGUGGCCAACACCCACCUCCUCUACAACCCCCACCGGGGCGACGUGAAGCUGGCCCAGCUGGCCAUCCUAUUGGCCGAGAUCGGCCGGGUGUCCCGCCUCCCCGACGGCUCCAGCCGGCCGCGCCGCCUCCAGUCCCCCAUCUGGUCCCCGAAGCUGGGCAUCAGCCGCCGGUGUCGGUACGAGAGCAAACGGCCCAAGUUCACCCCCGCCGGCCCCCCCCCGGCCGUCUCAGACCCAACGUUGGUCUGGCUGAAGGUGAUUGGUUUGUUCUCCUCCAGGUGGAAGGAGUUCCGGUGGAGCAUCGAGCACGGCCUGAGCCUCCGCCAGUUGGAGCUGGAGGAGGUCAACAGCCUGCCCAACCAGCACCACUCCUCCGACCACCUGCCUCUGCUCGUCCGCUUCCGGCUCCGCCCCUGA